CAGAUGAACCUCCAGACUAACCACAUAUUAACAUGUUACUGUCUGAAGACAACAGAACAAAAGGAAAGAAGCCUUGUAAUAUGUAUUGUAUGAACACUGAGAACUGGCUACUGCAGGGAGGCAACACCCUGGGGACUGGCUACUGCAGGGAGGCAACCAAGCAACACCCUGGGGACUGGCUACUGCAGGGAGGCAACCAAGCAACACCCUGGGGACUGGCUACUGCAGGGAGGCAACCAAGCAACACCCUGGGGACUGGCUACUGCAGGGAUGCAACCAAGCAACACCCUGGGGACUGGCUACUGCAGGGAGGCAACCAAACAACACCCUGGGGACUGGCUACUGCAGGGAGGCAACCAAGCAACACCCUGGGGACUGGCUACUGCAGGGAGGCAACCAAGCAACACCCUGGGGACUGGCUACUGCAGGGAGGCAACCAAACAACACCCUGGGGACUGGCUACUGCAGGGAGGCAACCAAGCAACACCCUGGGGACUGGCUACUGCGGGGAGGCGCAACCAAGCAAUACCCUGGGGACUGGCUACUGCAGGGAGGCGCAAACAAGCAACACCCUGGGGACUGGCUACUGCGGGGAGGCAACCAAGCAACACCCUGGGGACUGGCUACUGCGGGGAGGCGCAACCAAGCAACACCCUGGGGACCGGCUACUGCAGGGAGGCAACCAAGCAACACCCUGGGGACCGGCUACUGCAGGGAGGAAACCAAGCAACACCCUGGGGACUGGCUACUGCAGGGAGGAAACCAAGCAACACCCUGGGGACUGGCUACUGCAGGGAGGAAACCAAGCAACACCCUGGGGACUGGCUACUGCAGGGAGGCAACCAAGCAACACCCUGGGGACUGGCUACUGCAGGGAGACAACCAAGCAACACCCUGGGGACUGGCUACUGCAGGGAGACAACCAAGCAACACCCUGGGGACUGGCUACUGCAUGGAGACAACCAAGCAACACCCUGGGGACUGGCUACUGCAGAGAGACAACCAAGCAACUUUCUGACAGACUGUUCUGAUGAAUGGUGACAUCUGUCAUCCUGGAGAUAUUUUGAGGACAUUCUGUUUGUGUAAAGAUUCAUGUGUCUGGUUUGUUGUCAUUAUUUUCACAACAUGCUUUCUUAAUAAAUACAAUGCUUUUAUCACA